AUGAUAGCAACCCAAUUACAAAAAGGGACACUUACUCCAUACCUAUUGACAUUAGUGAUAGUCGUUGUCUCGCUUCAAGCUGUAUUAAUCAAUGGAUUUGUUCCGAACAACAACAACAACAACAAUGGUGCUGGUCUUCAAAUCCAUUAUCAUCCACCACAACAAGAAUCCUCAAGGCAAACACUGCAAACAACAAGAACAGUAUCUCAAUUAUUCCAAUCCUACGAUGAUGAUGAUGAUGAUGAUGGUUCCAGCACCGCAUCAUCAUCAUCAUCAUCGUCGUCAUCAUCAAAACCAAGAACCAAUGUCAAGCUUCCACUCUUGGAUUGGCUGGAAUUCGAACAAAGUGUCCUUGCCAAGAAUGGAGAUGUCGAAAACUUUAUACUACCGUUGCCUUCCAGUCAAUUGCCCACUGAAUUGUCGACGCCCUUUUUGUAUGGGAUUCAACUGGAACGACCCAUCGACAAGCUCAUUAUGGAAGAAGCCAAAACGAUCCACGACAGUGGCGAAAACUACAACAAUAGUGACGAUGACGAUGAUGAUGAGAAUGAGACGCCCAGUAGCAGUAUUUUGACAAGCAACAAGAUGAGUUCGGAUCGACGACCCAUCUUUGGACGAUUGGUUUGCAAGAAUGAUUCGUCAACUUUGGUAGGGGCCAUUGGAUGCACGGCCGAAAUAUUUAUAUCCUCUCCCAUGGACGAAAUGCUACAAGGAAUGGACGAUGAUUUUGAUUUUGACAUGAACAUGAUGAUGAUGAUGGACGAUAGUGACGGAGGUGCACCCUCGGAUACUCCCCCCACCACCAUGCUGUGUCGAGGAGACUUUCGAUUUGUAGUCAAAUCGGUAGUCCAGUCCAUUCCGUAUCCAAUUGUCAUUGUCGACGAACUGGUAGACAAUGAUGAUGAUGGUAGUGAUGAUGAAGACACCCAGACGAGCACCCCCAUUGACAAUGACCAUGAUGACGAAGAGGAUGACGAUGACGAUGACGACGAAUAUCUGGACGACUACGACACCAUGCCGGCAGAAGAGUUGAUACAAAAGAUCAUGAGUAUUGUUCAAAAAGUGAUAACCCAAAAGGUGGACGAUGCCGAAUCCAAAGAACGAAGCUUGUUGGAAGAGUCCAUUCUGGAAAAUACUACUACCAACGACGAUCCUUCCAAGGUUCCAUUGGAUUUGACAACCAUUGAACAAUAUCAAGCCGAAGAAAUGGCCGCCGUGUGGGAAAUCUUUCAAUCCAGCAUGAUUGACGACAUUGAACCAUCCCAACGACGAUUUGUCCUCAGCAUGAUGGCCGCCGAAUUGGCCUCACUGGACAAUCCAGCGCGGACCCGACUUUUGCAAAUGACCAAUUCACUCGAACGAUUGCGUUUCUUGACGGGCAAAUUGGAUCAAGUCUGGGGCAUGCAACAAGCCCGCAAAUUGGCUUCCCAAAUCACGGAAAAGACAGAUGAAGAUGACAAGGAUUUAAAAGUUGGACUACCGACUCUACCCCCAUGGGCCAAGACCAUUCACAAGGGUAGUAGAGUGGAAUAUUACUGGAACGAAGAAUACGAUUGGGUGGCCGGAGAAGUCAUGCAAGAGCCCACCAUUGAAGGUGGGGCCUUUGACGAGCUGGAAGUCAUGUUGAUUACAGUUCAAUUUGAUGAUGGCGAAGUGCACACCAUUCCGCUGAGUGGGGAAGACAAGGCGAGAUGGCGGCCCGAAGAAUGA